AUGGCGAAGUUCAUCCCGGACUUACCGCAGGCUGUUCUUGCUCGGCAUGAAGGCAAUGACUCGCUCUUGAUAUUCGGACUCAUUGAGAGUUUACCGGCGCAUCAUAGCGUGGACUACCUAAACACAUUCUUUUUCCCCGCAUAUGCGGUGACUGCGUCUGUCAUCAUAGCAUCCCUCCAUGGUCUCCUUUUACGCGUCAGGGCAUCAAAAUCCCAAGAUAUUGGUUCUGCUGGCGUUUUACGGGCUGACAACUUAGCAGAAACCAAUCCAUCCACAGUCGGACGCCAGGGUGGCAUGGAUAUUUUAGCCUUCAAUAUUGCUCGGGCCCUCGCGUGCUUCGCUUUGCUGAGCAUGUCUCUGUACUCAGUAAUUGCUAGGAAGCCUGUGGAAACGUAUGAUAUCGGCGUAAGCACGAUCUGGCCUUACAUUGGGCUAUGUGGAACUUUUAUCUACACCCUUAUGUUGGCCCUUGUGACUGUGCUGGCCAAACCAGCGACAACCGUAAUCGCUUCUCGUCAUCUCAAUGCCGUGUUGCUUACCGCUUGGGUGGUGUAUAUGUAUCGAGAUGUCUGGCCCCUCGUAACGUUUACUCUGACCCCUAUGGAUGGUGAAGAAGGACGUUUUCUGUGGGCCAAAGUCGUCACCCUCACUUUUGGAGCUGUGAUGGUCCCCUUACUCGUACCACGGCGUUAUGUUCCUGUAAAAUCUAAAGGUGCACCAACGGAACCGAGUCCUGAACAGACUGCAUCUCUACUAUCCGUCAUACUGUACUCUUGGUUGGAUAAGACCAUCGUUGACGCCUAUCGACUUCCUCACCUGCCUGUUGACAAGUUCCCUCCGUUAGCUGACUCGGAUCAAUCCCAAUAUUUGUCUGCGCAGACAUCUAAGGAACUGGAUCCGUUUCAAAUAACGAAUAAACGGAGACAUAUAGGCUGGGGACUGAUCAAGAUAUUCCACUGGGAGAUCUUUGCGAUGAUUUGUGCGAUCACAGCGAACACAUUUACACAUUUUUUGAGCCCUCUAGGGAUUAAGAACCUACUUCUAUUUAUGGAAACCGGAGGAUCAGGUGCCACUGUGCGCCCGUGGAUAUGGGCAUUGUCAUUGUUCUUGGGCCCGUUCCUGAGUGCUGCCACCUUGUCAAUGUACAUGCUGCCCUGGACUACCGUUCUAACUCGCACCGAAGCGAUUCUUACCCACCUGGUUUUUAACCAUGCGCUGCGAAUGCGGAUGAAGGCUGAAAUUUCAGAUACACCGAUGAACGAAGUCUCAGCGAAAGGAAAGCAAAAGCCAAACGAUACGUCGUCGGCCGGGAGUGGUUCUAAUAACAGGCAGAAGCAGGAGAACGCGACCGGAAGGAUCAAUAAUCUCAUCACCUCGGAUCUUGGCUCUCUCGAACAUGCGAAAGAUCUCUUACUAAUAUUAUUGGAGGUACCUUUGCAGAUUAUUUUGAGUAUUUACUUCCUCUAUGUUGUUCUCGGAUGGAGUGCCUUUGCUGGGCUAGCCACUAUCGCUAUACUAUUCCCCAUCCCAGGGAAGGUUGCAAGCUAUAUCAAGAGUGCCCAGAAAGAGAAAAUGAAACAGACGGAUGCGCGAGUGCAAAAUGUCACAGAGUGUAUGCAUUCUUAA